UCGUUUAUUCUAAUCCAAUAUAGAAUUCAUCUCUAAAGUUUUUUUAUAGCUUAGUGGAGUGAAGUGUAAUGGCAUUAUACUAUUCUAAGUAAUUUUCUUUAUUAUAUAUAUAUAUAUAAAUGUUCACAGUUCACCAUGAACACUUGGCUUUGAUUAAACCCUGUUGUCAAUCCAGCUUUUAGAAAGAGAAAUUUCAUAGAGAGAGAAAGAGGGGGAAAAAGUGAGUAGUGAAAGUCCUAUAUAGAGAGAGAAACACGGAUUACAGAUGCUCUGGGCAUGGGGAAAUUGCAAGGACAGAGACUGCCAGUGCAGCACCAGAACGUCGAGGGGGUUGCUUCUAGAACCUUCUGGCAGAGAUGUUCGAUGGGUCUUUCAAGAAUCGGCUUAAAAUUCAGUUUCAAGUGUAUCGCCGUUUUGCUACUGAGUAUUGCCCUUUUUCUCUCUGCCCUUUUCUGGAUCCUUCCACAUCGUUCUAAGUUAUCUGGGUUUGAUGCUAAAGAGGCGAUCAAGCAUGCCGCCACAACUCAAGCAUACUUCAGAUUGGAGAAGCCAAUUUCAGAUAUUGUUCCCCACAUAGCAAGACUGGAGUAUGAUAUUUUGGAAGAGAUUGCUAUCCCUAACAUGAAGGUUUCCGUCCUAUCCAUGCACGCAGCAAGUGUAGCUAACCAGACUAACGUAAUAUUUGGUUUUCUUCCGGAUCCAGUUGAUUCUUCUAAUACUCCAGUGUCCUUAAUUCUGCUGAAGUCUGCUUUAUUGGAACUGUAUCUUCGAUAUACCAAUUUGACAUUAACUUCCUCAAUAUUUGGACAACCAUCUUCAUUUGAGGUUUUGAAGUGUCCUGGUGGAAUCACUAUGAUGCCUGAGCACCCACCCAUGUGGGACCCACCUGAUGUCCUCUUCAAUUUUACUCUCCACAGUUCUAUUGAUGAAAUAAGGGAAAAUUUUAUUGUGCUGAAGGAACAACUGAUAUUUGGCUUACGUCUCCGUCAGAGUGAGCGUGUUUUUUUAAAGAUAUCAAAUACAUUUGGCUCUACUAAAGAUCCCCCAGUUAUAGUUGAAGCUUCAGUAUAUUCAGAACUUGGGAGUCUACAACCUCAGAGGUUACAACAAUUGGCUCAAAUAAUUAUGGGAUCUGUUCCUACAUCUAAUCUUGGCCUUGAUAACUCUGUUUUUGGUAAAGUGAAGCAAGUAAGUUUAUCUUCCUUUCUAAACCGUACUGUUCAUGCCACCCCACCAACUCAUCCUCCUGCUCCAACUCUUGCUCCUGCUCCAAAUGAACCUUUGUGGCCAUCACCUUCCCCAUCACCGGCUGUUCCUUCAUCUCCAGCUCCCACUCCAGCUCCCUUGUCCAACUGUCAUAGAUUACGGUCAAAUGCGAGGCAUCAUUGUGGCCCAGCUCGUGGAGAAGAGCCUAGCAGCUCUCCAUCUCCCAUAGCUGAUCCACCUUCUCCUAUGACAAACUCUGGUCCACCUUUAAGUUGUUCUGGAAUUGCAGCAAGUCCAUACUCGCAUGCACCGACUUAUCCUCCACUGUCUCCUGGUGCUACACCUCCACAAAUGUCUUCCUCAAUCUCAUCUUCAUCAUCAUCUUUUGCACCCGGCUUUUUUUAUAAGGAGCUCUGCUUGUUCUGGUUAUUCGGAUUGGCAGUAUCUCAUAUCCUUGGUUGGACGUGGUGACUAUGUCCCGUUCUACAAUAUUUUGACAUCUUCAAAGAAGAAGAGAGAAGUAUACUUAGCAACAAACAACUUUAUUUGACUAGGACUGUAGCAUCUUUUGCCAAUUAGUAUGUGGUUACCAUGGCAAGUCAUGUUAACCCUAUAUGAACAGAAGAAAUCACAGGUCAAAGCCAAAAGGUGGCAGGACUCUGUUUGACACAAUGAUAACAUCACAUGAAGACAGUUAAAAAGAUGUUUCUUCCCAAAGGGAAUGACUAAAGAAAACAACAGUUUCAGAUACAUGCUUAUCUGCAGGUUUUCAAGGAUUUACCAGUCGUAAGAUGUGUUGGUUCUUCUUGAACAAGCUGCAAAAAUACUGCAAAAAAGCAAAUAUUUUAUCUUGGUAUACAUGGUGUAUAUUCUUACUUCAACUGUAAUUAGCUACUUUUGAUGUGCUAAACUUAAAUCAGAUAAAAAUAUCAGCCUUUUGGCACAAUAUGUAUUAUAGUAUGUUGCAAAAUGCGGAUUGGUAACGUUCUUUGUUUUUGGGAUCGCAGAGAAAUCUCCAAGGGCCAGCUAGUGCAUGAUUCGAAACUUGGUGAGAUAGUGGAACCAUCCCUUUACUUUGCUCCACUUAAAUAGCAGAUUUUUGUUUGCAGAUGUUCAAGUUGUGACAUGCUUAUUCCAAACCUUAGUGCUGCUAUUUUACCACUAAACCAAAGAAUGGGAGAAAAUGCUGAUUGGCACAUGCUGGAGUAUCAAUAACAACACACCUGGUGUAAUCCCACAAGUGGGGGUUGAGAAGGCUGGAGUGUGCACAAAUUUUACACCUACUUUGGUAGGUAUAGGUGUUUCUAAUAGACCCUUGGCUCAAGGAAAAACAUUUCAGAGUUGGUUGAAAAUAAUAACGUGCGUGAAGAUGUCAUGACAAAAUACUAUAGAAGGGAUGUCAAUAUUCUGAAAAAAAAGAAAAAGAAAAUGUGACUACAAGAAAAUAAUACGAUAAUCAAAGUACCAAACAUCUAAGAGGACAAGAAACUAUUGGAUUAAUACUACAAUCACUGAUAUUGGAAAAUAAGCAAGACAACGCUUUACUACUUA